AUGCUUCUGGAAGAUCUACCCAAUGAAGUGUUCAUCGAAAUCAUUCGAUGCUCAUCUACCUUAGAUCUACUUCGAUCCUUCUACAAUCUCAAUCUUCGGAUCAGCCAACUUCUCUUCGCUCACUUUCGCACUUCUACCAUCGAUUUUCGAUCAACAACCCUGCAUGAUUUCCGUCUGGUUUGUCGAGAGUAUUUGCCACUGAUAGUCAAUCAAAUAACCUCACUGCGGCUUUACAAUGAUGACAAAACACCUCAACAAAUGGAAGUUUUUCUUGAACAUGGUUUAACACUUCACCAACUGUCAAAUUUACAAUCGCUUUCAUUGUAUGGAAUUAGUUUGCAGGAGACGAUGUUCUCGACAAUAUCUCAAUUGAGAUUUCUUAAUCGUUUAACUCUAGCUGAUUGUUCUCUGUCAUGUAAUCAAACUGCAAGUCAAAACUUCAGUAACACCAUCUGGAGUCUGCCGGCUCUCACCUACUGUUAUCUGAAUAUCAGCUUCAAGAGAGAUAGCUUCAUUUUACCAACGGUCGAGUCACUGUCAUUAAGAUGUCUAUCCAUUUGGGGUAUCAAAUAUGAUCAAAUUCAAUUUAAUACUAUUUGCCGACACACACCUUGUCUAGAACAAUGUUCUAUUCUAUUCAAUAUGGAUUUUUCUGAUCCGGUCGACCCUUUUCAACAUGAAAGAAAAUCAUUUAAACUAUGUACUGCAAACGAUGUUGAAUUUAAGGNCGAAAUACAAGAACAACUUGAACACCAUGUACGAAUUGACGAAAGUGCUACUAACCUUCUAGCCCGAUUAGUACAAGAUAUCGGAGAUUACUUCGUUUGUCUUGGGCAAGAACAACUCAAUAAGAACACAUACCAAUCUCUAUCGCAAGCAUGCAAAAACUUUAAUCGAGUUGUGUCGAUCUUCGAAAGAUUUAAUCGUUAUUACCCAUCUAUCGUAUUAAAUGGUCGUAUAUCGAUUGCGAAAGAAUAUAUAACGAAGACCAAACAACUACUCGAACAAGUAACUGUCAGCCAAGAACGUGAACAACUGUAUCGACCGGAUUCUAAUGAAAAUAUCAUAGAAGGCACUACUGUCGAUGUCCAGCAAUCCUCGCUUCCAGGUACUAUUUCGUUGAAUUUUGAUGUGAAGAUCAUUCUUUUCAAGCCACCAUGUGCAGAUGAAAAGUUUCAAAAAAUCUGUACAAAUCUGACCAAUCUGUUUGGUAAAAACUCGAUAUAUAUAACAGAAGACCGGAAUUAUCAACAACUAUUAAAGCGAACUGAUUCAACAAUUAUCGUUUUAUCGUCGUCCAAUGAUGAUGAUGCACUACUCUUGGACAACUUAUGUUCGUGUAGUCAUCCAUCUGUAAUUUAUAUAUUGGGACGCCAGCCUGUUACUCCGAACGAGAAGAAAACAUUCUUUACGAAAUAUUACUCAAUUCGUUACAUGUCGGAUGAUCCAGAAGAGUUAACCAUUCAAAUCGCAAUCGAUAUGGCUCUUAAACAUCGAAUCUCUGGCUAUCGACAUGCUAGAGAACAAAAUCAGAAGAGUGCGGUACACGAUUAUAAUCAAUGUAUCGGUAUUCUUGAUCAAUUGAAUGCCUUUGGUAAAAUCAAUGUUAAGUAA